UAUAUAUAUAUAUAUAUAUAUAUAUGUUAACCCCAUUUGCUAACCACCCAAAACUCAACAAAUCGAAGCAAAAUUGCACCCGAAUUUCUUCACCUCUCCAAACCAAAUUGAUCAAGAUGGGCUCUUACCUCAUAGUUCAUCAAGCACCAUCUUUAGCUGUUUCCCAUGAAAAUCCUAAGCUCGGUCAUAGGUCAGCCAACUAUCACCCCACCAUUUGGGGUGAUCAUUUUCUUGCAUAUGACAACUCCGACGUUGUAAAGGAAAAUAAUUUGUGUGAAAUGGAGCCACAACAACCACCUCAUGAAGUACUAAAAGAAGAGGUGAGGAAGAUGUUUAUUGCAGUUCCGGACAAAUCUUCAAAGAAGUUGGACUUGAUUGACGCCAUCAACCGUCUUGGGGUAGCUUACCAUUUUGAAAGUGAGAUAGACACAUCUCUAUUAGCCAUUUACGGAGACUAUGAUGAGCAAAUCAACCACGUAGCUGGCCGAGAAGAAGAACUCUACAUAGUUGCUCUCCGUUUCAGAUUACUAAGAGCACACGGUUACCAUGUUUCUUGUGAUGUGUUCAACAGAUUCAAGGAUUCGGAGGGCAAUUUCAAAGAGAGUUUGGCUGGAAACAUUCGAGGCUUGUUAAGUUUGUACGAAGCAGCAAAUUACAUGGUUCGUGAUGAGGAUAUAUUGGAUAAAGCACUGGUUUUUACAACCUCUCAACUCAAGUCCAUGGUGCCAAAUCUGAAUAGUUCUCUUACCACCCAAAUCAAUCAUGCUCUAGACAUGCCGAUUCACAAAACUGUGACUAGGAUUGGUGCCAGACAAUUUAUGUCACUUUACCAAGAAGAUGAAUCACAUGAUCCACUUCUGCUAAGCUUUGCCAAGCUUGACUUUGGAAUUAUACAGAAACUGCACCAAGAGGAGCUAAGUGAUUUAACAAAAUGGUGGAAAGGCUUAGAUACUCCCAACGAAAUACCAUUUGCGAGAGACAGACUCGUAGAAUGCUACCUAUGGUCUUUGGCAAUGUAUUUUGAGCCCAAGUACAGUUUCGCACGAACAACUGUGGCAAAGUUGUUCGCUUUGACUUCCAUAUUAGAUGACUUUUACGACAUCUAUGGGACUUCUGAUCAACUCGUGGUCCUGGAUAAUGCGAUACAUAGAUGGGAUAUCAGCUGUUUGGAUGAAUUGCCUAAGUAUAUGAGACCAUGCUAUCAAGCCCUCUUAAGCGUUUUCUCCGAAAUGGAGAAAGAAUCAUUGAAAGUUGUUGGCAAAACAAAGUCGGUGGACUUUGCAAUAUCAUCGAUGCAAGCAAUAUCAAGAGCCUACCAUGAAGAGGCAAGUUGGAUUCACGAUGAAAAUCUUCCAACAUAUGAUGAGUACAUGAAGCUUGCGCUGGUCACGAGUACAUAUCCGAUGAUUGUAACAUGUUCAACUGUUAGUAUGUGGGGAAUAGUGAGGGAAAACGCUCUUGAUUGGGUCACAAAAAACCCAUUAAUUUUAAGAGUAUCAUCAGCGAUUGGUAGGUUAAUGAACGACAUUGUUUCUUUUGAGGUACGAGCUUAUAACAUAUAAUUGUAAUAAAUAUGCAGUUAUUAUUAAUUGGAUGAGAUCAAUGUAAUUUACUAAAUGCAUGUAUCAGGCGGAGCAAGAACGAGGAGAGUUAGCUUCAGCGGUCCAAUGUUACAUGAUGCAGUACGGUGUCUCUAAGGAAGAAGCCAUCUUGGAGCUUGAGAAAGAAAUUACAAAUGCAUGGAAAGAUGUAAAUCAAGAAUGGCUUCUGGGUUCAGCUUCAGGGGUAUCCAAGAUCGUGCUUGAGCGAAUUUUCAAUCUCGCUAGGAUCACGUAUCUUACGUACAAAAAAGAGGAUUGGUAUACCAAUUCCUUCAGUGUGACUAAAGACGUGAUCAAGUCGGUGUUGGUAGAUCCCAUUGAAAUGUGAUCUUCAACCAAGUGUGCUUGUCUACAGCAUCGUGUAUAUAUGCUUGUUGAAUUUCUGAAUUGUAUGGAUAAAAACACUACUUGUGAUUGUGCCCUCAUUAAUUUUCUUGUUGUUUUACAAAUAAGAAUUUUUAGUAUUGUUAUUUUAGUAUAAUGAAAGAGG